AUGAUGUGCUGCAGAUCUGUGGAUCGUGGUCCAUACACGUGUGGAGUCAAUCUGUGGAUGCUUAGAUGGGUCUGUAGUAAAAACAACAGCACAGCCGUAGGUGUUAUAGAAACUUCGUCUCUGGUUAAAGUCUAAACUGUUUUCGUCCUCGUCGGUUUGUUUUGAAGGACAACUCUGGUUGAAGAACAUUUAGAUACCAGAGCAAAAUGAUGAAAUACAUCCUGGUAACUGGAGGAGUCAUCUCAGGUAUCGGCAAAGGGAUUAUAGCGAGCAGUGUGGGCACAAUCCUGAAGUCCUGCGGCCUGCAUGUAACGGCCAUCAAGAUCGACCCAUACAUCAACAUAGACGCGGGCACAUUUUCACCCUAUGAGCAUGGUGAAGUUUUUGUUUUGGAUGAUGGAGGGGAGGUGGAUUUAGAUCUGGGGAACUAUGAACGCUUCCUUGACAUCCGGCUGACCAGGGAUAACAACCUGACCACGGGGAAGAUCUACCAGUCAGUCAUAAACAAAGAGAGGAGGGGGGACUACCUAGGGAAGACUGUGCAGGUGGUGCCACACAUCACAGAUGCCAUCCAGGAGUGGGUUGUAAAACAAGCAAAAGUGCCUGUCGAUGAUGACGAUGUAGAACCUCAAGUUUGUGUAAUAGAAUUAGGAGGCACUGUUGGAGAUAUCGAGAGUAUGCCGUUCAUCGAGGCCUUCAGACAGUUCCAGUUUAAAGUGAGGAGAGAGAACUUCUGUAACAUUCACGUCAGUUUAAUACCUCAGCCCAGUGCAACAGGAGAGCAAAAGACCAAACCAACCCAGAACAGCGUCAGAGAGCUGAGAGGACUCGGUUUGUCUCCUGAUUUGAUCAUGUGUCGCUGCUCCACAGCUCUGGAAAACUCAGUCAAAGAGAAAAUCUCCAUGUUCUGCCACGUAGAACCAGAACAGGUCAUUUGUGUACACGACGUCUCAUCCAUCUACAGAGUCCCGUUGCUGCUGGAGAAUCAGGGCGUGGUGGGCUAUCUGAGCCGCAGACUCAACAUGCCCAUCGAGACCCGACCUCGCAGGAUGCUAACCAAAUGGAAGGAGAUGUCCGACAGGUCGGACAGACUGCUGGAGCACUGCUCAAUUGCCCUGGUUGGAAAAUACACAAAGUUUUCAGACUCGUAUGCUUCAGUCAUUAAAGCCCUGGAGCACUCAGCCCUUGCUAUCAGCCAUAAACUAGAAGUCAAGUAUAUAGAUUCUGCAUGUUUGGAGCCGAGCACGCUGCAGGAGGAACCGGUGAAGUAUCACGAAGCUUGGCAGAAGCUCUGUAGUGCUGACGGUAUCCUGGUCCCUGGAGGUUUUGGUGUCAGAGGAACUGAAGGGAAGAUUCAUGCCAUCAACUGGGCCAGGAAACAGAAGAAACCUUUUCUAGGUGUUUGUUUAGGGAUGCAGCUGGCUGUAUGCGAAUUUGCGAGGAAUGUGCUCGGCUGGGAAGAUGCCAACUCAACUGAAUUCCACCCAGAACUGAAGCAUCCAGUGGUAAUUGAUAUGCCAGAACAUAACCCAGGUCAGAUGGGUGGUACAAUGAGGCUCGGAAAGAGACGGACCAUUUUCAAGACGACCAACAGUGUAUUACGCAGACUUUAUGGAGAUGCAGAGUACGUGGAGGAAAGACACAGACACCGCUUUGAGGUCAAUCCUGAGCUCACGAGUCACUUUGAGGAGAAAGGUUUCCGCUUCGUAGGUCAAGAUGUCGAAGGAGAAAGGAUGGAGGUCAUUGAGCUGGAUGAUCACCCAUAUUUUGUUGGUGUGCAGUACCAUCCUGAGUUCACCUCUCGUCCCAUCAAACCAUCACCUCCUUACUUUGGUUUACUGCUCGCUGCUGCUGGGAAGCUACAGAGCUACUUACAGAAGGGCUGCCGUCUGUCUCCACGGGACACUUACAGCGAUCGGAGCGGCAGCAGCACCCCGGACUCAGAGAUAUCAGAGCUGAAAUUACCGUCCAUCUCAAGCGAAUGACUCACAGUGUCCAUGACUGCUCUGGACUGGUUUGAAAGUGAACUCUGGAUCCCUUCAGACACAGAUGACAACUGAGAUCAUGCUGCUUUUGAUGAAGUGUUUCCAGUACAAGGACAAAGAACUGCACUGAUCUUGAUCCUGUAGAGAAGCUCAUAACUGUCUUUAGGUCUUCUGGACCUUGCAGCUCCAGUACCAUACAGUCACUCUACACAUCUGUGGCCUUGCUGUAAAUAAGUAUUACAAGGAGAUGCAGCUUGCUUAUCCAUGGUGUCUAAUUCUGAAUGUCAAUGAGUGAAAUAAAGGCAUCCAAAUACAAAA